AUUCGGCCUAUCUCUCCCAGGUUAGUGUUCGCGAGGUAGCAGAUUGCUUCAUACCGGAAAUGGCUCCUAAAGCUGAUACUUCUAAGAAGGGUGAUGCCAAGGCCCAGGCAGUGAAGGCCGCUAAGGCAGUAAAGUCGCCGGGCACCUUCAAGAAGAAGGCCAAGAAGAUCCGCACCAAAGUUACAUUCUACCGACCCAAGACAUUGACGAAGGAAAGAAAUCCCAAGUACCCUAGGAUUUCUGCGGCCCCUCGCAACAAGCUGGACCAAUACCAGAUUUUGAAGUACCCGCUUACUACUGAGUCGGCGAUGAAGAAGAUCGAAGACAACAACACCUUGGUGUUUAUUGUUGAUCUUCGUGCUGACAAGAAGAAGAUCAAGGCUGCUGUCAAGCAGAUGUAUGAUAUCCAGACCAAGAAGGUUAACACCCUCAUCAGGCCGGACGGUACCAAGAAGGCGUACGUGAGGUUGACCCCAGACUAUGAUGCGUUGGAUGUUGCGAACAAAAUCGGGAUAAUCUAAGUUGGCAGUUUGUGUAAUUUUUAUGUUAGUGAGACUUAUUUUUCCAGCUUCUAUACUUAUUUUUUGUUGAUUGACUUUCUAUAUGUGGAAAUUAGUCACUACCUCAUCCAAUCAAGUUCAAUCCUUUUUUGGUACAA